AUGACAUCAAUGGCUCUUCCUUUUCGCCAACAUUGCCUACUCCCCAUUUCUUCUUCAUCUCCUCCACAUUCAAAAUCAAUUCUUUUCCCCCAAAAUGCCAUUCCUCGUACACUUUCUUCUCGCCGGAGCUCUCCCAAGUUUUCCGCCGGUCGUCACAUUCUAAAUUCGCCUCCGACGCAAUUCACCAUAAAUCAUCGGAAACCCAUUUCGCAGAAUGGCUCUCUCUACUCACCUUUACCUGUCAGAUGCAGAGACCAUGACGAACUUCGGUCAACUAUCGUUUCUUCCGAGCUCGCCGAUGACGAAAAGGCCGAAACUUUACAGAAAGUCAAGGAUUUGGAGAUUACCCACGAAACGAAGAAAGGAAAGAGUUUCUGGGCUGCCGUUACUUUGAUCAUCGGAACCGCCGUUGGACCGGGAAUGCUCGGUCUCCCAGCUGCAACAAUCAGAUCUGGCUCGAUCCCAUCGACCAUCGCUUUACUCUGUUCAUGGGUUUACGUAAUCUCCUCCAUUCUUCUCGUCGCCGAGCUCAGCUUCGCAGCCAUGGAAGAAGACAAUGCAGCAGAGGUUAGCUUCACAGGGCUUGCAACCAAAUCCUUCGGGAACAAAUUCGGAGUCUUUGUGGCUCUUGUCUAUGCUUCACUGAGUUUCUCUUUGAUGGUUGCUUGCGUCUCCGGUAUUGGCUCCAUUGUCUCUCAAUGGUUUCCUUCCAUGAACCCAUUCUUGGCCAAUGCUAUGUUCCCUCUAGUCUCCGGAAUCUUGAUCGGAUUCUUCCCAUUCGAUGCCAUUGAUGUCACCAACAGGUGUCUCUGCUUCCUCAUGCUCUUCUCUAUAACUUCACUUGUAGCCAUUGGUUUAUCUGUAGCUAGGUCCAACGUGUUAGCCUCAUUUGGUCAGUCUUGUUGGAGAGUCUCAGCGGUUUUGCCUGCGGUUCCUGUUAUGGUGCUGACGCUAGGGUUCCAUGUCAUCACUCCUUUCAUAUGCAAUCUCGCAGGGGACUCGGUUUCAGAUGCUCGGAGAGCUAUUCUUGUAGGCGGUGUUGUGCCGUUGGUUAUGGUGUUGUCAUGGAAUCUCAUUGUUCUGGGGCUUGCAAGAAUCAAUGUCACUGUGCUUUCUUCAUCUAUUGACCCAAUCUCUCUUCUUCUGUCUGUGAACCCUUCUGCUUUAUCUGCUGUUCAAGGCUUUGCUUUCUCAGCCUUAGCCACCAGUUUAAUCGGUUACGCUGUUAGCUUCCCGAAGCAGCUUCUUCAUACAUGGAAGCUCGUGUCUAAGCAAUCAAAUGGAAAUGGAAAAGGAAGAAUUGGUUUGGUAAGUUUCUCAUCGGAGGAAAGUAGUGGGAGAGUUUCAUACAGUGAACCAGCAAGAGCUCGUGAUGGAUUCGAAGCAGUAGUGAUGCUGUUUGUGCUUGGAGUUCCAGCUCUAAUAGCAACAUUCUUCCCCUCAACGUUCUCGAGAGCUCUGGAUUUUGCAGGUGUUUAUGCAAACUGCUUCCUCUUUGGUGUCCUCCCUCCUGCGAUGGCUUAUAUUCAACAGUCCAGAAAGAAGCUUAGGUCGUGUGUUCUUCCGGGAGGCAACUUGACCUUGUUGAUAUUAUUUGUAAUCGCUAUUGUUCUGGGAAUAUGGCAUUAG